CGAUAAGCGUUGAGCAGGUUAGCCAAGGAGAAGUAAACAUCGAUGUCAAGUUAAAGCUGGACAACUUCACGUCGCCCCAAAAGACACAAAUUGCACAUGUGCAACCAUCCCCCGAGAAGCUAAAGUUUAAAGGAUCAUCACGUCCGCUCGACGGUUACCUGCUGAACAUCUCUCGCGUGAACGAUUACUGCGAACCAAAAAGUUACGAAAAGGAAGCGUUCAAAGAAUACAGGAUUCAAAGUUGUCUAGACUUCUUGAGUCAGAACGAAUCGGAAUACAUGUAUAAACCGAAGAAUUCAUCUUUCACCUACAAAGGGGAUCCAAUGAUUUUUCACGUUUACUGGAGGGGAAAAUUGACUGACAAGAUUUCAUUGAUGAUAAAAUCUUUUUUGUACACUCAACCCCUCGAUUCUUCGGUGUUGAAUGUGUGGAUGGACUCGAAUGACGAAGAUCUCAGCGAGAACUCUUACAUCUUACCACUGCUCAAAUUCUCGCCCCAAUUUAUUCAAUUUCGAAAAUGGAAUGUCACCGAACAACUUUCCUACGAUCCAAUCUACAAGGGGUGGGAAAAGUCUAUGAAAAAACAUCAUGGAAAGAUUACCACUGUCGGAUAUAGCGACAUGGUUAGGUUCGUGUUACUUAAUAGGUACGGCGGAUUAUAUGUGGAUGCUGAUGUGUUGCUGCUGAGAGACAUGAGACCACUAUAUCAUUUGAACUAUGAAUGGUCGUACCGAUGGAGCGAAUGGUUUGACUAUAACACCGCUGUACUGCGGAUUUGGAAGAAUAGUACAACCAGUCGCACCAUUAUCGCAGCUGCCAUGAAAAAUAAAAUGAAUUUUCAUCCGACCAUCAUAAAAAAUUACCUCGCCAAAAAGAAAAAGAAAAUAAGCAAAUCGGAUAUCAACGGAAAACUUUACAUGAUGUCAGUGACAAUGUUUGAUCCUUUGUGGUUAAAGAGUGACCUGUUGUUGAAGGACCAAGUAAUGGUGCCAAACCUGUGUCGAUUCAAGGAUGUGUUCAAGGGUGAAUUACUCAAAGAUGAAUUUCCAGGA